AUGAUGGCUGUGUACAUUUCCUCCUCAUCAGACCAGUCCCAUGACAAAGACAUCAUUGCUUCCAUGAUGCACACAGUGGUCACCCCCAUGCUGGACCCUUUCAUCUACAGCCUGAGUAACAGAGACAUGACAUUGGUUCUGUGGAUUCUUUUCAUAAACAAUAACCUUUUUGGCAGCAGACAGGAGAGGAGUAUGAGGAGGGAGAACCAGAGCAUCAUGCCUGGGUUCAUCCUCCUGAGGCUCCUCAUCCAGCCAGAGCAGCAGGACAAUUUCCUUCUCACCUCCAUGGCAUAUGACAGGUAUGUGGCAAUUUUUCACCCUCUCCACUAUGCCACCAUCAUGAGAGAGGGAAUGUGUACCUUGCUAAUACCUGUGUAUUGGAUUUUCUCCUGUGGAAAUGCCCUGUGUCACAUCCUACUCAUACUAAGCUGUCCUUUUGUGCUGAAAAUACCAUCACCCAAUUCUUCUGUGACUCAAUAUCCUCCUCAAGCUCUCCUGCUCAGACACCUCCCUCCUGUUUAUAGCAGGAGUGGUCAUCAUUAUCCUCCCACUAAUAUGCAUCUUGGUUUCUUAUGCGGCAUUGGCACCACAAUCUUCAAGGUUCAAUCCACCAGGGGCAUCUGCAAAGCCUUGUCCAUGUGUGGCUCACACAUCUCUGUAGUUUCUCUGUAUUAUGGAACAAUUAUUGGGCUAUAUUUUGUCCCCUCAUCCAACACCUCCAGUGACAAGGACAUAGUUGCCUCUGUGAUGUACACAGUGGUCACCCCAUUGCUGAACCCCUUUAUUUACAGCCUAAGGAACAGGGACAUGAAGGGGGCCAUGGAGGAAUUCUUCCACAAGGCAGCAGUCUUGUCUCAAUGA